AAUACAAUUUGCGGGUUAAAAUAAUUAUUUGACAGCGGUCCUUCCUGUACCCCCUACUUAGCCUAAUAGGGAUGCUGGGAGGUGCCGCGGCUUUGACGUCAAUAACAGGCAGUAUCUUCUUUGGGGCUGAGGGAUGCAUUUCUCUCUCCCUCCCCGGGCGAGUGCGAGGGGGGUGAUAAGCCCUGUGAAAGCCAGCUGCAGAACCGGCGUGCGGCUGUGACGGCUCCCGUGCGGCAAUCAGAACUACAUACUCAUGCACACUCUCAGAAUCACUGCUCCGAAGCCGUCCAGGUCGUACACUGAUCGUCCUGGUUCUCAGGAUCAUAUUUUUCCCCUUAUUCUGGCUGUUCGUCGCUAUUGGGUCCCGUGGGAAAAUACAGCAUCCAGGCUCUCCUGCGACGCGCGUCCAUUCUAGCCUCUUCUGAAUGACGGGCGGACGGUUCGACUUCGACGAUGGCGGCACAUACUGCGGCGGCUGGGAGGAUGGAAAAGCCCACGGGCACGGCAUCUGCACUGGCCCCAAAGGCCAGGGGGAAUACGCCGGUUCCUGGUCCAACGGCUUUGAAAUAAUUGGAGUGUACACAUGGCCCAGCGGGAACACGUACCAGGGCCACUGGGCGCAGGGCAAGCGGCAUGGGCUGGGGGUGGAAUCUAAAGGGAAGUGGAUGUACCGUGGAGAAUGGAGUCAUGGGUUUAAGGGUCGGUACGGAGUCCGGCAGAGCAUAAACACGCCUGCGAGAUACGACGGCACAUGGAGCAAUGGUCUGCAGGACGGUUAUGGCAUCGAAACUUACGGAGAUGGGGGUACAUACCAAGGUCAGUGGAUGGGCGGCAUGCGUCACGGCUAUGGCGUGCGGCAGAGUGUCCCUUACGGCAUGGCGACAGUCAUCUGCUCGCCCCUCCGCACCUCACUGGCGUCACUGCGCAGUGAGCAGAGCAACGGCAACGUCCUCCAGGAACCGGCCGUUGACACCCCAGCCAGUGGCCGGGGCGGUUUCGUGCUCAACGUGCACAGCGACAGUGAAGUCGGGGUCAAGAAGAAGGGGCUCUUCCACCGGGGGGCGCUGUUCGGGAGCCUAAAGCAACUGCGCAAGUCUGAGUCGCGCUCCUCGCUCUCCAGCAAGCGCAGCUCCGCCCGCAGCGACGGCACCAUGAGUCGCAUCAGUUCCAGUGACGGCAACUCGAGCCUGAGCUACGGUGAGGGCGCGGAGGAUGAGCCGGCCGCCGCGGACAACGUGGACGCCACCACCACCGAGGCCUACAUGGGCGAAUGGAAAAACGACAAGCGCAACGGCUUCGGCGUCAGCGAGCGCUCCAACGGCAUGAAGUACGAGGGCGAGUGGUUGAACAACCGUCGCCACGGUUACGGCACCACGCUGUUUCCCGACGGCACCAAAGAGGAGGGGAAGUACAAAAACAACGUGCUGGUGCGCGGCAUCAGGAAGCAGCUCAUCCCGCUGAAGAACCCCAAGACGAAGGAGAAGGUGGACCGGGCCGUGGAGGGAGCCAAGCGCGCAGCGGCCGUAGCCAGAACUAAAGUGGAAAUAGCAACUUCCAGGACGGCACACGCCAGGGCCAAGGCCGAUGCCGCUGACCAGGCUGCCCAGGCCGCCAUCCAGGACUCCUUAAUUGCCAGAGCGAUGGCCAAGGAACUCUCUCCGAACUUCCACCAGCCAGGCCCUGAUUAUGUCAAACAGAAGUACAGUGAAACUGAAGAAAUCACAGAGGUUCCCAAGGAGAAGCCGAAAGCCAAACCGGCUUCUGAUAGCCCCCAUUUCUACCGCAAAGGAACCACCCCCAACCACUCGCCCACCCACACUCCUCCACCCUCCCCCCGAGGCAGCCAGAAGAAGCAGCACCAAGGCGGGGGCCUGCUCAGCAAGCUGAUCCGAGAGAACAAGCCCUCCAGCGCCAGCCAGAAUCCGGAUGCCGUCAUUAUCAAAGCGCCACCUAAGGAGGUGAGACUGGAAGCCCCGCCCCCAAACCCACCCCGGAGGACGGAACCAGCACAGGUGAGCAGCCCAGGUAACGGGCAGAUUCUCAGACAGUACCACAGCUACCGAGUGAAGACCGUGGUGAAGAUCCCGCCAGAGGAACCCGUGGAAGAAGAGGAGCCAGUCCAAACGAGCCCAACCAGCUUGGUAAGAAUGCCUCCGCCAGCCGUCAGGUCCUUCCACACGCCCACGCCCAAGCCUGUGCCUGGGAAGCCAGCGCCCCCAGAAACCAGAGUGGAGCUGAAAUUGAAGAAACAGGAGUCCUUGAAGCCAAAGAGUCUCGCAGAAACCAAGAAGGCUAGCAUGGAUGUGCCCAGCGAGAACACAGAGGAGGAAUCGGGUCCAAACUCUAUUUUGGUCGCCCUCGUGAUGCUUCUGAAUAUCGGCCUAGCAAUUAUUUUCGUGCACUUCCUGACAUGAUGGGUGUGCGACUCGGUUGGAGUCGCCUUUUAGAAACACUGAAGCAGGCAGAGGACGGACGCUCCGUGGCGUGUGGGCGGCCGAGCGCUGGGGAAGCCGAGCAGCUGAUGGUCGUCCCGGCCGCACACACGCGCAGCUCCUCCCCUCGUCUGGAUGUACUGCACGCCCAGGAGACGCCGUGUGACAGAGGCCGACAGCUGCUGGGCUAUUUCACGGCGUGACGCGGCGGUGGCCAGAUAUGCCAGCGGCUGCCAGAAGGAGACAUCGAACGCACUCAGAUGUGCCAAUCAUCAGGCUAAGCCCCGCCCCCACAGGGCGGUCCCUCCCCCAGGUCCUCUCUGAAAUCAGGAUACUCCGAUAUGAUAUGCAUGGUAGUUUUAAUAGCUUUAUGUCUUGUUUCUGUUGGCCGUUAAGUAAUAUAUUUAUUUUGCUUGGAUUGUGAUCAGUUUAAAUAGUCAUCUUUUGUAAUAAUCAAAACAAUACAUAAAAUAUUCUAAAUAUUAAUGAAAGUGCAAUAUUGAAAAUGGUUUUUACAUUUGGUCAAUGACUUUAUCAUACCCUAUAAUAUUUGUUUUCAAAUUAAUUUAUUGUACAAAAACCAUUGGUGGAAGGCAGCUUUCUGGUCACAUUUGAUUGGCUUUCGCAGAAAGCACGUCUUCGGUGGUAUCUUAUUGGCUCAUUUGGAAGGCAGCUCUGUAGUGCUGUUUGGUUGGUCAUUAUGUGAAGGUGAAGUAGCUUUGUACUGAUGUUUGAUUACCUCCUGUGAGAAGCUCUGAGAGGCUGCCUGGCCAGUCGUCACAGAAAGUAGUUUUGAGCUUCUGCAGUGAGGAUUGGUUGGCUCAUUUGUACGGAUUGUUGGCCUGCCUGUAACCCAGGCAGGAAUCUGAUAUCUUAAAUAUUUGAGUGAAUUUAAAUAUUGCAAAUAAAUUGUCAGAGUACGUUGUAACACAGGCAGUAACUGUCAUGCAUGGAAUUUUUGUAGAAUGAUUAAAUAUCGCUUCUAGUGUUUCAUCAGGAAUCUGAAAGGCAGGUAAGCAUGUAGGUGAACUUCAGAAAGCCCUAUAGCUCAGGACUGGUCCUCAUAAGCAUGUUGUGAGGGCGGAGACUCGCUAUUUCAGUUAUUCCAGGAACGUGGCGGUGAACACGUUCAGGGAGAGCCACAUGGUGCGUGAAAGCUUCCACAGAUCCCAUGCCUUUACAGUGUUUCACUGCACUAAAGUUUACCUCAGCAAAAAAAGAAAGAAAAAAAUAAACUAUAGUCCUCAGAUGGGAAGAAGAGUUUGUCUUAAUCGUGCCGUGUGUGUAUGUGUGUGCGCGUGAGCCGUUGGACUGCCGUAAUCUUUAGACAGGAUUUCAAAGUGCAUUUGGUCUAGCUGUUGGUACAGCUUGGCUUGUCUGUGAGCUAUUCUCACAAAAAGAAUAGUUUAUACAUUGUAUACAGAGUUUAUUUAAAUAAAGAUUAUUUUACAUCAUAUAAAAAGUGUAGUAUACAUAGAUAUAAAAUAUUUAAACAAGGGCUUAAGAAAGCUUCUCUGUUCUUAUGCUUCUAUUUAAUUUAUAUUUUUUGCAUGGUUUAUUUUUCAGUUAAAUGUUUCAAGGUCUUGUGGGAAGUCUUUGCCAGGAGGUACUUUCGUAGCGCCUGUAGCGUGUAGCCACUAGCCGCAAGGGCAACGCCCAUGCAGUAAUGAGAGAGCAAUGCCACCUGAAGAGGGAGAGCUACCGUCUGGACGAUCUCACGGAAGCCACCGCGAUGUUUCACACAUUUAAAGCACACUACUCUAACUGCGAUGAGCUCUGAUGUCAUUGCGCGUCUCACUAUUUAAGCAGUCUCUUCACAAUGCUCUGUACAUGGCUGUCUUGUUUUUUAAUUAAUUUGAACCAGUUUUCUCACAAAAGUGCUGUAAUUGUUAAGAAGUAUUUGGGCUAUUUGUUUUUUUGUUUUUUUUUAAAUAAUUGCACAUGUUGCUGUCAUUUAUACAUAAAAUAUAUAGAAUUUGUAAAGCAUUUUUACAGAGCACAAUCCCAAAUCUGUUGGUAUUUUUCUAAAUUAUCAAUUAUUGUAUUUUAGCUUUUCAAAUAAUUUGUUUAUAAUUGGACAAUGUAUUAUACAUUUCAUUUGACUAUAACAACCUUGUUUGUAAUUAUACACUAUGGUUUUAUAUAUAUAUAUAUAUAAAUAUAUAUAUAUACACACACACACACCACAUUUUGAACUUCAACCAAAUGUCUUUAAAAAUCAUACUAUUUGAAUAAAACUGCACCACUGUCUAAAACGA